CAUGUGCUAUGGCACUCUCAAUUUAUAUUUGAUUCAAAUGUUGGAGAUACGUUAUCGAGUGUAUGUGUUAAAUACGAAUCUUGAAAAGUUGCGGAUAUCCUUGGAGAAUAUGCAUAGGUGCUCCAGAGGUUGGGUGCAUGGCAAUUAUGUGUCUCUACAACGACUAAUUUUUGCUACUACCAGCGAUUUGGGUGAACUGGCGAAAGUGCAUGGACGUCUGUCCAGAUUGCUUGUACGUCUUAAUAAUACGUUCAAGUGUCAAGUUAUCAGCGAGGUACUCAGCUAUAUAGUCACGAAUAUUUCGUACUGCUACUUCAUAUAUUUAGUGUCGAACGGUAUGAUAGAAACGAUUAAAAGCCCAUUCCUAUGGGUAGCGAAUUUGUCAACCGGAUUUUUGGCGCUCUUGGACAUAAAUUUGCUUUACUGGAUCUCACAUUCUACCACACAUGCUUUCCAGGAAACGGUGCACAUUCUGCAACGGUAUCGGACGAUGCCAUUUACGAGCCACAAUCUCGAGCGGCAGUGUGAAGAGUUUUGCCUGCAACUUUGGCAACAGGAAACCGACAUGCGAAUAGGUGGCAUGUUUUCGCUGAAUCGGCAGACAUCUUUAGCUAUGGGGGCCUUUAUGUUACGGCACACAAUCAUUCUAGUGCAAUUUGAUUAUGAGUCGCGUAUAUCUGGAGCUACUUCGAGUAUCACAAUAGACUCCCUUGUUGAUAUGUUUUGAUUUGAAGAAUUUUAAGUUAGCCUCUGUUGAAGUGACGAGAAUCUCUUGUAAGAUUUUUCAAACUGAACUUUCCUUUUGAGAUAAAUUCAACUAUUUAUAAUGUACUUAAAAUUGAAGCAAAAUCUUUCCACCAACUUUUGCUGAGAAUCCUGGAAUCCUGGGAGAAAAUGGUCCGAUAAGUACUGAACAUAACAGUUGAAAUUUACUAAAGGGAAAAGAGUUUAGAAAAUGGUGAAAGAGCAAUAGCGAACAGUACUUUGAAUCUGUUUUUG